AUGGCACGUGGCACGGCGGCCAUGAACGUCGCCGCUUCUGCUGCUGACCUGUCGUUCAUGACGAACGCGCCGCACGCGCCCUGCAUGUCGCACACGUGGCGUGUGCCUGCUGUUGACGCGAAGGCGGUGCUGGUGGGGUACGGUCCCCUGCCGUGGUCCUUCUACGUCCACCAGUCGUGGCGGCAGCCUGUCAUCAGGCCGGGUGAUGUGCUCGUGUUCAAGUGGGGCUUCUGGCCGCACGGCGUGCGCAAGCUGGCGAGUGGCACGGCGUAUGACAACUGCGACUUCAGCGGCAGCACCAAGGUCGCUCCCAUUCGUUUCUUCGGCUAUGCCAGGUACACAGUCCAGGCAGGUGAUGCAGCCACAGGGCUCUAUUUCGCAUGCCCCGUGCCCAGCCACUGCGGGCCGGGCGGCAUGAAGGUGCAGAUCAGCGUCACGCCGCUGUAG